GUAAGAAAACAAACCGUUGAAAUGAAACUUUGCUUUGCUAUUCUGUUGGUUGGCUCAGCGUUGGUGUGCAUUUUUGCUGUUCAACUGCCAGAUAUCUAUAACAGAAGACUUGCACCUAACGGUUUCUAUAUGCCAAGAUUGGAGACCGGAGCAGCCACUCGUCUUCACCCAUCUGAAUUGGCACCAGUUGCAGCGGAUGCACAUAAAGUGUACGAAAUUACAGCGAACUUUGAACCUCUGUCUUCUGCCUUGGGCCAAAAAACGUUCACAUCAAGUCCAUUUAUCACCGAUUUAAUCGACCCAGUGAAAGAUUCUUCAUUGACAGCAAAAACGAAAGCAGCGUUGAAUAAACAAGACGGUACCAAACUUUAUGCUAAAGUCUUACAAGUCCAUCUUAAUGGCAACAUGUAUAACGCAUUGAAAAUUACUGAACAAAAUUCGGAUCCUUCGGCUGAGCAAACUUAUUGGGCCUCACGCGGUGGAUAUGUUGAUGUUCCAUUACAUCCAAAACAGGGAGAUCCAACAAUUGUUUUGACACCAAGUUUUAGUGGAGGCUCUUUGGCUGUGGAUUUGCUCAAGGAUGGAAAAACCAUUCGUAUUUACCAUUUGCAGGGUGGCAGAGAAGAUCGACAGUAUAACAAUGUUCGAGAUCACGGCCUUGGACUACUCGGAGCAAUGGAAUACAAACAUUAUGGAUAUCACAUCGAUCAAUACAACAGAGAGAUUUUUGUUGAACAUAACACUGGUUCUGCGUUUGUUCAAUAUGUUGGAUCCACGUGGGUGAUAAGAUAUCAAAUGAUAGAAAGUAUUCCAUCAAUAACUCGAAUCAGUAACAUUAAGAUCAGAGGAUCAACAGUGCACACCACAUUUCCACAGUCUAGUCAAAUCGUUGGAUACGGUGAAGCUGUAUUGAAUAUACCAAAAAAGUAAAGAUUCAUCGACAAAAUUAUUGAUGCAUAUCCUUUCAAUUUGAAUUUUCAAAUAAAAGAUUAGAUAAAAACAAGAUAUAAACAUCCAAUGGGUUAAAUAAUGUUUUCGUUUUUGACCAUCAAAAGUAAUGAGUACUUUAGAAAUAGUGUGAACACAAAGAAGAAAUAACACCAAUCUGGUGCUACCUAUU